UACUCAUUCAUUCAGGCCACAGAAACAUAGAGAAUAACUCAAAAUGGGAAAUGGGAUCAGAAAACUGAAGCUCUGUUUCUCCAAAGACGUUGGAGAAAUCUCUAAGAGACGCCACGAUAUUGCUGUUCAACUCUCCGAUCAGCUCGACAACGAUGGUUUAAGCCAUUCUUUUUGCUACCUUUACCAGGACCCAUCUUUCUCCUAUGACUGUUCCAACAUAACCAUCUCCACUAACAUCAGCCAAACAACGACGUUUCCAACCAUCUCUAGUGCUUCCAUAUCACCCUUCAUAUCCACCCCUCUUUCUACUUCUCUUUUCGACUUCUACCCUUAUACUGACAGGUCUUCAGCUUCUGAAAGCUCGCCUUUAUUGUCUUCCCAUCCUCUUCAGUUUAUUCCUGGGAAUUCUAUUGCCUCUGUUCGGUCAGGCCCAAUAGCCCGAGUUACUAGCUUGGGCUCAGGCCCGAUCAAGAGGAGAUUUCUGUCUGGCCCGAUUGAGCGUAGCUCCACAUCAUUCCCUUUGGAGAAUCAGUGGGCUCAGGGGAAAACAGGGGAAGACAGAGUACACAUAGUGGUUUCUGAAGAACAUGGAUGGGUUUUUGUUGGGAUUUACGAUGGAUUUAACGGGCCUGAUGCUAGUGAUUUUCUGUUAAACAAUCUUUACUCAAAUGUCUUGAAGGAGCUUAAGGGAUUGUUAUGGAAAGACAAGUUAGAAAUCUCUGAGGAUUCGACAAGUGAUGAAACUGAUCCAUUGGUAAAUUCAGGUGUUAAGUUGGAAUCUUUUGUUCAGAAUCAAGAAUUUGAUGAGAAGUUGAAGAGUUUGGGAACAAAUAGAGUUAACCAUUUUGAUGUGUUGAAGGCGUUGUCAGAGGCGUUAAGGAAAACUGAGGCGUCGUAUAUGGAGAUGGCUGAUAUGAUGAUGAAGGAGAAUCAUGAGUUAGCCUUAAUGGGAUCUUGUGUUUUAGUGAUGUUGUUGAAUGGUAAGGAUGUUUAUUUGAUGAAUGUUGGAGAUAGCAGAGCAAUUUUGGUUCAAAAUCCUGAAUCCGAUGGCAAUUUGGAUCGGAUAAACGAGGAAAAUCUACGUAGCGUUGAUGCAUUCUAUAGAGUUGAGUCUAAUCUUACUUCUUGUCAACUCACCAUGGAUCAUCGCACAUAUGUUAAAGAGGAAGUUUUCAGGAUCAGAAAUGAACAUCCUGAUGAUGCUUCUGUCAUUAAAAAUGAUAGAGUGAAGGAUUCCUUGAAAGUUACUCGAGCUUUUGGGGCAGGUUAUCUCAAAGAGCCCAAAUGGAACAAUGCACUUCUAGAGGCCUUCAGAAUUGACUAUGUUGGAAAUUCCCCUUACAUAAACUGCUUACCAUCUGUUUACUACCAUAAGCUUGGCCCUAGAGACAGAUUCUUGAUUUUAUCUUCUUAUGGGCUUUACCAAUACUUCAUAAAUGAAGAAGCAGUCUCUCACGUUGAGACCUUCAUGUCUAUAUUCCCCGAGGGUGAUCCAUCUCAGCAUCUUGUCGAAGAAGUGUUAUUCAGAGCUGCUAAGAGAGCUGGCAUGGAUUUCCAUGAGUUUCUUGAUAUGCCACCAGGAGAUCGUCGAAGGUACCAUGAUGAUGUCUCAAUUAUCAUUAUAUCUUUUGAAGGAAAGAUAUGGAAAUCAUCUGUCUAGAUCAUCGAUGCAAAGAUAAUUUUUGAACUCUUUAUCAUCAGAAAGGACGGAAAAAUAUAGAAAAGAUCAGACUAAUUUUGUGGUUAACGUUUGUUCCUCUUAGUGGAUGUACUGUUUAAAUUACAGAGGUUAAGUUGCUAAAUAUGACGGAGGCAGAAACUUCUUGCUUGGAUACUGUAGAAAUGCCAAUAAAUUGCCUUCAUUUUGACUUUGUU